UUCGGGAAACUUCCACGAUCAAGCGGCUACUGCGCUUUUUUGGGCAUCGCGGCUCUGCACGCGGGACACGGCGCGCGACUCCCCCGGCUCUCUUCUUGUCCCUGCGUUCGGUGAAAUACGGGUAACUUCGCGGCCUUAUUGAAUCGGGACGGGGGGACGGGGGACGGGGGCAUCUCGGUAAAUCACAGGAGAAAUUGCACGAAGUUUACCUUCAAGCGCAACGUGCAGAGAGAAGUAAUGGCCGCGCGCGCCUGUCUGCCUGGUGCAUCACUGACUGCCUCGAGACGUUCUCCCCCACAGAGGACCCCGAUUUCCCACAAAGUGAUCGAGAAGAGGAGGAGGGACCGGAUCAACCGCUGCCUCAACGAACUCGGCAAGACGGUGCCCAUGGCGCUGGCCAAGCAGAACUCGGGGAAGCUGGAGAAAGCGGAGAUUCUGGAGAUGACGGUGCAGUACCUGCGCGCGCUACACUCUGCGGACUUCCCGCGCGGCAGAGACAAAGGGGAGCUGCUCGCCGAGUUCGCCAACUACUUCCACUACGGAUACCACGAGUGCAUGAAGAACCUCGUGCACUACCUCACCACGGUGGAGCGCAUGGAGACCAAAGACACCAAGUACGCGCGCAUCCUCGCCUUCCUGCAGUCCAAGUCGCGCGCGCUCACGGAGCCCGCCUUCGGCUCGGUCGGCGCUGCGCACGACCCCGUGGACUACCUGUGCGCGCUGCACGUGCCCGCGGAGCGCCAGAGCCACUGCGCCGCGGACGCCGCGUUCCAGCACAGUCCCCCCCCCGCGCACCUCUCGUGGCACGGCUCCGCGCGCAGCCCCGCCGUCGGGUACCCGCCCGUGGCCCUGUCCGCGCCCGCGCCGCAGCACGCGGGCUACCUGUCGCCCGUGCACGGACUAGAGCACCACUACGUCAGUCUGAUCGGGCACCCGCACGCGAACGCGCUCGGUCUGCACGGCGCGCAGCACGCGGCUCUGUGAAAUACC